AUGAAUUUAUCAACUUACAGUAUUCGAUCAAGAAGUAAACGGACAUGGAGCAAUUCUAGAUAUAUUGAUAACCAUUAUGACUCCAAAUUACAUUCCACACCAUUUCUUCCUUGUGGAUUAAAGUAUGUUAUAUAUACUAACUAGUGAUUCUAAAUAGAUUGUAUAUAGUGAUAUUGGAUUGAGUGAAGUUAGAACUAAUUACACUAAACUUAAAAAUUUCUAAGAUUUAGAACAACGAAAUAUUUCAAUAAAGGAAAUUAUGUCCAAAUAAGGUAACUGGAGACCUUUUAUUGAAUUUUAAGAUAAAUCAGAUGAAAUGGUUGUUACGAUAGAAUAUUGGUAAAUAUAAUCUAAUAUUUUAAUAGCACUAAUUGUAAAGAACAUUAGAGAUCAACUCGUCAUAAUGAAGAACAAUAUUUAUCAUAUGCAUUACUAAUUAAGCAAUCAAUAUUACUCAAUUAUCCAGAUAUUAAAGUAUAUCUGAAACCUUUAGUUUUUGAUAAUGAAAAAACCAUUUCUUCACUUUUCCUUUAGAGACGUAUUGGUGCAUUUGAAAUCUAAUUUUAAUCAAAUGGCUAAUAAUCAUAAUUAUUUAGCAAGUUAUAAACUAAAUCUUGGCCAAAUGUUAGUGAUAUUCUUAAAGCUAUUCAUUAAUAAUUCAGAAAAACUAAUCUAUUAAUUUAAUUAGUCUAUAAUGAUGGAGAUACUAACUUAAAAGGGAUUAAUGUAACUAUGCAAUCUUACCAAAAUAAAUAACUUGCAUCAAGUUAACAUUUACGUCCUUAAAGUAGAUUGUCAGAAAAUAGAUCAUGUAAAUCUACUUCACUUCAUAGAUAAAGAGCUUUAUCUUAAUAAAGCAAUAUAGUAAGAUAUAGUGAGAAAUCUGAUUCAUAAGGUAGAGUCUUAUUCUUAAAUAUUCCAAUAGAUAGAUAUGAAAUUCAUAUAUAAGAGUCAACUAAUAAUUAAUAAUUCUAUGAAGUAGUAACUUUGUAAGAAUUAGUAAGAACUGAUGGAGCAUUUCAUCAAAUAAAAUUAUCAAAACCUUAAUUAGCAUUAUUAAGAGUAGAAGUAGUUGGACCACAUCAAUAAACAGAUGUGAUGAUUCCUUUUACUGAUACUUAAGUAAAUGUCAUAUAGAAUUAGGAAAGAAUGUUAUUAAAGGAAAUCUCUGAUAGUUCAGGAAUAUAUGAAGGUUUUCUUGAACCUGGUAGAUACACAAUUAUUGUUUAUAAAUAUGGUUUUGAAACAGUUUAAUAAUUUAUAGAAUUAAGUGGUGGGAAUAAUAACAUUAAAAUUCAAAUUACAACAAGAAGUGCUGAAGUAUCUACACUUCUUAAUUAAAAUACUAAUUAAACUUUAAUCAAUUCAAGUUUCAUUUCUAAAAAAAAGAAAACUAUUAAACCACCAUAAUAAGUUAAUUUAAAAAUAUUAUCACUUCUUGAAGUAGGUUAAAUGUAUGUAUUUGACUAUUUUACAGAAUAAAUAAUUAGUAAGGCUAAAAUUAUUAUUACUGAUUCUAUUUCUAAUAAAAUAAUCACUUGCACAACUAAUACUUAAGGUAAUGCUAAAUUAUUAUUUAAUUAUUUAAAUAAAGGAACUAUUAAAGUAGAACAUGAUUAAUAUUAUAUACUUGAGAUGUCUUAUGGAAUAAACGAAGAGAUAGAUUUAAAAAGUUCCAGAAAUACAUUUAAAUUAAUUAAAAAAACAAAUCAAUUGUCAAUCAUAUCUGAUAAUAAUAUUGAAAUUUAUUAAAAUGAUUAAAAGAUUAGAAAACAAUAAAAUCAAUCAAACAUAUGUUUUUUUGAAAUAUCAAGUGAUUGUCCUUAAAUAUUAUAUAUUAUCAUAGAAAAUUAGAAAUUCUAAGAUCUACUUUUAAAGAUUCUCUUAUAAGAAGAUGUAAUUAAUUUAAAGUAACCUGAUAUCGAUCUCAUAACCUUUCCUUAAUUUUGGAUAUUAGGAAUAUGUAGUAAAGUAGAUUGUCAAUUAUUUAUCAUAAAUGAAAUUGUAUCUCAUCUAGAAUUUAGAAAUCUUUAUGACGAUUUAGAGAAACAUAAUUAAAAUAUAAAUAAAGUAUAUUCUUCAGAAUGUUAUUAAACUUAAUAAAAAUUGAUAUGGAAGAAUUAAGUUAUUGAUAUUAGUAAAUUAUAAAUUAUUGAUGUUCUUCCUAAUUGUGAUGAAUAACCAAUUAUAUUUACACAUUAAAAUGUAAUUCUUGAAGGGAAUUCUAUAUAAUUAGGAUCUUUUUAAUAAGAAUAAUAAUGUAAUAUAGUAUUGAUGAAUUAAUAAAUAAUGUAAUAAUAGCCUUUUAAAAAUAAUAAUUUAUAAAUUAUAAAGGUACAAAUAAUUCAUAAAGACAUUUUUAUAUAUUUUGAAAAUUGUGGAUUUGUUGCAAUUUAUGAUUCUUCAUUAAAAUAAAAAGGAUAUGCAAAAUUAGAUUGUUAUCAUUGUUAAGAUUUUGAAACAACUCAAUUAGUUUCUGUUGGAUAAUCUUAUUUAACAUUAUAUUAAUUAUAGAUAACUCCUAUUAAUGUGUUAUUUUAAAUAAAAAAAUAAAGUGUUAAUCACAAUUAAGUGAGAAUAAGUUAUAAUGAUUAAGAAUAAUAAAAUUUAUUUUUUGGAAGAGAAGAUGGAGUAUUAUCUAUAUAUAAUUAUACUUUAUAAGAAAUAGAUCAUCUAAAAUUAUCUAUGGAUCCAUUGUAAUAAAUAUUUCAACAGAAGAAUUAAAUUUUGGUUAGGGAUAAUUAAAUAAUAUAUUUACUUUAAUAAGAUGAAGAAAAAAAAUAUAAUAUCAAAAAUUAAAUAUAGAUAUUUAAAAAAUAAAUGUAUAUAUAUUUUUUUGAUUUGUUAGUUUAUAUAUGAAUCCUCAAGAAACUUGUCUAUAAGUCUUAACAAAUAGCCAUAUAUUAUAUUAUAAUGAUAUUUCAACACAUAGAAAAUAUCAAUAAGAAAUUGAUCAUUCAAGAUUAAUUCUUAUUGGAUCUACAAAUUCAUAUGUGCCUAAAUGUUAUUAUAAAAGUAAUUAUAUACUUGAAUUUUAGAUAGAUAAGAAACUACAUUAAAAUUGGAAAAUGAUAUAUGGUAUGUAGAUUUAUUGGAUGAAAAUUUUAGAUUUGGGUUAUAAAUAAAAGGACAUAUUUAAGGGAUUAAAGUAUUAUUAUAAACAAAAUAUGGUGUUACAAAUUUAGGAGAUUAUAAAAUUAAGAGAAGUAAAGGUUUUUGGAUGUUUGGAUUCUUUAUAUUCAAUAAUGAAGAACAUAUUGUUCAUUUGAUUGAAAAUCAAUUUUAAGAUGAAUAGCAAUUCUAAUAUGAAGUAUUUUUAGAAAGUGAAUAUUCAACAAUAUAAGAUGACAAUCUAUUUAUUUAUUCUACUUAAGAUGGUUUUUCAAUUUUGAACACAAUUACAACUAAGAAAAUAUAAGAAUGUUAUUUAGAAAGUAGUAUUACUUUACUUAAGUUAUGCAAUAAUAUCUUAAUAAUUGGAUUAUAAAAUGGAAAAGUAUAAUUGUAUAAAAAGGAAUCUUAAUAAAUAUAUUAUAAAUAUUAAGAAUUAUAAAUUAGUGAUAAAAGUAUUAUUGAUGCUUAGAUUAUGGAAUCCUCUUUAUUGAUUUCCACUGAGGAUAAAAAAUUGAUUAUGCUUAGUAUUUCUAAUGAGUAUAAAAUUGAAUAUUAAGUAAACAAUCAUAUUUGAAUAUUUAGGAAACCUUUGAUAAAUCAUAUAUUAACAAUAUCAUACUUUACAAUAAGAAUUAAAUGUUAACAACUCAAGUAGAUGGAAGAUUAAGAUUAUGGAAGAGAGAGAGAUAAGGACAAUCAUUUUAAUUAAGUUAAACUCGAACUGUUUAAGUAAUGAAAUUAAUAUCAAAAAUAUAAUAAAUUCCUUGGGAAACUUAAAAUGUUUUAAUUGGUGGUGAUACUUUAAUAUUGAUGAAUGCUGAAAAUGGAAAAUAAAUCAAAUAAUAUACAAAUAAUAAUAUUCAGUAAAAUAAAAUAAUAUGUAUAUAAUGUAUUUGGAAUAAUAUUAUAAUAAGUGGAAAUUCUAAUGGCUAAGUUAUUAAAUAGAAUUAGUACUUUAUUUAUUAAUAUCUAAUAGUGGAAAUGGAGAAUUACUAUAAGUAAUAGUGAUUGAAGAAGGAGUCAAAAAUCUCUUUGUAAACAACCAAUAUUUCUUAAUCCAUAGUAAUAAGAAACUUUAUGUAUAAUGA